AUGGCCUCCAGAGUCGUACCACUCACCAACAUUCCCACUCUAACCACCCUCUACGCCAGCAAGAUGCUGGCUGCCCCGCUCCCCGCCGCCGCCGCCGCUCCGCCCAACGCCUCGCACAACGCGCGCAUCGCGCUGAUCCGCACCGACAUCACGACGCUGGGCGUCGACGCCAUCGUCAACGCCGCCAACGAGUCGCUGCUGGGCGGUGGCGGUGUCGACGGCGCCAUCCAUCGCGCCGCUGGGCCCGAACUGCUCGACGAGUGCGCCAUGCUGGACGGCUGCGACACCGGCUCGGCUAAGAUCACGAAGGGCUACAGGCUGCCUGCCAAGCACGUCAUUCACGCUGUCGGCCCGGUGUAUGCGCGCAAGAAUAUGAGGGGUCGCCACGAGCACUUGCUGCGCGGGUGCUAUCGCAGGAGCUUGGACCUGGCGAAGCAGAACGGAUGCAAGAGCGUGGCGUUCAGCGCGCUGAGUACGGGCAUUUAUGGAUACCCCAGCGGUGAGGCGGCCGAGGCGGCGACGAGUGAGGUGCGGGCGUGGUUGGACGAGCAAGAAGGAGACGUGUUGGACAGGAUUGUGUUUUGCAAUUUUCUGAAGAAGGACGAGGAUGCCUACCUAAGGGUGCUGCCGAAGUACUUCCCUCCCGCCGAGAACACUGAGCAAGGCAAGGAGACCGAGACGGAAGCUGAGAACCUGGCGAAGCGUUUGCCCGACCCUCCCACCACUGAACCUAAACUUGAUGGAUCACCUGACAUCAAGAGACAGAAGACUGAACACACUACAUCAAAGGUCACAGAGGCCAAGCCCGCAACCGUCGAAGAUGCCGGGGAAGAUUAG